AGAAACAUUACAGAUCCAGUUUCGGUCGCAAGAACUUGCAAUUGCAUAUAUGCUCUGCUCCAGCUGAGGCAGCGGGAUAUAGAGUUUCGGGAGUCGUCGAGUGAGCAGAGGCAGAGGUUACAGUCCGACAUUUCUAAAUUAGAGGCAAAGGUUGAAAGACUUGAUGCGCAAUUAGCUUCCAAAGAUCGAGAACUUGCUACAUUAACCCGAACGGAGGCUAAAGCUUCUGCAACUUUCAAAGCACAGAUUGAAAGAUUACAACAAGAGCGAGAUGAAUUUCAAAAAAUGGUUAUUGGACACCAGCAAGCACGGACUCAACAACUUCAUGAAAUGAAGAAAAAAGAGAAAGAUUACAUUAAGCUGCAGGAGAGGCUAAACCAGGUUUUGAUGGAGAAGAAGAAAGAAUCCCGUUCUGGAAUGGAGAUUAUGAAUUUACUUCAGAAAGAAGGACGUCAGCGGGGAACAUGGAAUGGAAAGAAAGCUGAUGGCGACUUUUAUAAGAUGAUUGUUGAUGCUUAUGAAGUGAAGAAGCAAGAACUUAUGGCAGAGAAUGCUGAUUUGCGGGCAUUGCUAAGAUCAAUGCAGAUGGAUAUGCGGGAUUUCUUAAAUGCUCCAAACGGGGAAUCACUUCAAAAUUUAUCUACUGAGGACAAGCAAGAAGUAGAACCUCAGUCCCCACUGGGCGGCAGGACUGAUGUCUUUGAUUUGCCUUUCCAUAUGGCUAGGGAUCAAAUUGAAGAGAGCUUACGAACUAAAAUGGCCUCAAUAAAGGCUCGGAUGUCUCAACUUCAAGAUGCUCAGAAGGGAGCUGAAGUCUCUUCAGAAGCAACAGAUCGGGAGCUUGAGCUUGAAGCUCAACUUGUUGAAGCUAGAAGUAUCAUUCAAGAGCAGGCUUCAAUCAUGUCAAAACAUUUCACAAAGUCUGAAAAUCCAAGAAGAUAGCCGAGGCAUCUAAAAGAUGAGAUGGUUCUGCUACAUUCAGAUGUGGUGAGGUCUACACAAAUCUCAUUUAUAACAAUCAGGGACCAUUUUGUAAUCGAUGGCGCGGGGCAAUUGACCUUCUUCAGUAUCUGACUUUUUUAGGAAAUUAUUUGUAAGGUAGAGUAUGCAGGUAUUCCUGUAACUAAUGUUGGAAGACCAACAGGACAGUUAAUUAGACCUGAAUAUUGUCUUAACAAA